AUGGCCAUGGCGGACCUCGGCGCCUGGGCCACCGGCUUCGCCCUGCCUCGGCUUCCCUCCAUGCCGGAGCUCCGGCAGAAGCCUGUGCAAUUCAACGCACCAAUCCACUACAACGAGCUGGAGAACGUCCCCUUCAAGGACAAGGCCCGCGAGCGCAAGCGCUUGGCCGAGCUGGCGAAGGCCGAUCCGAGCGCCGCAGCUCGGGCCACCCAGCAGGCGGGCGAAAAGAAGCGCGCUGGGACGGCCAAUGCCGGUGCGGCCGAGCCGCCAGCCAAGCGUGCCCGGCCGGAGGCCGAGCAUGAGGCCGAGCGCCCCCGGUCUGGCCGGCAGCGUCUCGAGGCAGCGCACCAGCCCUCGGAUGAUGAGGGGCCGUCUGGCGCCCGGACUCAGAGCUGCAGUGACAGCGACAGCGACGAUGAUGGCAGUGGUGCCGGGCAGGAUUUCGACAGCAUUUCCAGCUUCGACAAGCUGGGCAAUGUCUUCGGCGCUGUCCCGGCGACCAAGGGCGCGGCCACUGGCGGUCGUGCGGGCGCCGCCCCCCUGACCGAGAACCCGCCGCAUGGCAGCGGCCGGCAACUCUCGCGUGCCCGACUGGCCGACAUGGCCAAGAGCGGCAUCCGGCCGUCGACCCCCUGGUCGGACCAAAUCAUUCGCAAGCAGCGCCAGAAGGAUCGCCAAGAGAAGUGCGUCGCCCUGGUGGAUGGGCCGCCCUGCCCGGCUCUUCCCCCCUUUCGCGGCCCUCUGUUACCGACGUCCAUCUACCUCGGCGUCUCCGUCUGA